AUGGUUUCUUCUCGUCUUCUGAUUUUCUUUCUGAUUGUUAGUGUCCAAUCAGUCCAACCUCGAAAAAGAAAGCUUUGCGGAAGAGUUCUCGUCCAGACGCUCAUCAAGGUAAGUGCGAACAAAGCAGAACCGUGAUAAAUUCCUAUCGAUGUUCUUUAGGUCUGCUCACCAGAUUCGAACAGCCCACCAUGCUUAGAUGACAGCAAGAGCCGUUAGUUUUUUUUUGUGAAAGGCGGAAAUAACAUCUAUUUUCGCAGAAGAUGCCUCAAUAGUCGACCUCUGUUGCAAGGGAACUUGCAGUGCGGAUGAGAUCGCCGGUUUCUGCUGCAACGAGGGUUUCCUUCUUUCAAUCAUAUCUUCCACAUAUUAAGUAACUUCCAGAAGAUGCGCGAAAGUUCUACGGAGACAACAAACACGCCGACGAAACCAAGAAACUCGCUGAAGACAUUAAAAAAGAAGUCAGCGCCCCUUCGACGCAUCACUCAUAAUCUAUAUGCAACUAUUAUAUUAUCGGACGUUCAAUUCGAUUAUUUGUUGUAUCGUCAUUUUUUUCAAUGAAGUGACUGUGAAUUUUCUGAGGGAAGCAACGAAAGAGAUAUUCGAAUUCAAAAGAAGAGUAUUUUUGCAAGUAUUUGCUGAUAGGAGUUUACAUUGUUUUAAAAAAGUGUUCUUUAAAAUGGAAAGUUAAAAUUUGACAAAAAAAAUGAGAGCGAAGUGAAAGAGUUUGGAGGAAAAAGUACGGUUGUUCAGUUAACUGUGAAGUACAUCAGAGGAAGUUCAUUUAAGAAAAAGAGAAAGGGCAGGUUUUUUGAGAUCGAGGAAGUAAUGGGGGGCACUAUAAGUUGCAAAAAAGGGAUCAAAUUGAAAAUGAACUCAAGAUUGAAGAUCGAACCUGAGCCGGUUUGACACGAUAACUUGAUUGUGAAUUUGAUUCCAAAAAACUCUUUGAUGAAGACGUUUUAACCCCUCUUUCUCGCGAUCAUCUUUAUUUUGCUACAAGCAUCAGUUUUGUCAGUUUCGAUAAGAAGAAGUCUACUCCAUAACCUCUCCCUAACCCCGCUGCUUCUUUUUCCAGUAGGGUGGAUGUAGUUUUGCUUUCGAAACUUUAGAAAUGCAGCAAAAAAUGCAUUGUCCAAAGUCUGUUGCAAACAAUAUGUAUAUCCAAAUUCGACAUCAAAAGUUUUGAAAAACACCUGCUUUUAUAUCAGUUCGGUUCUAGAUUUUAUGAUAAGUUUGCCAAUUUUUACUACAAUACGACGUAGAUGUUUCGAUCCAUUCGAUUCACUGUUCGGCAGGUUCAAACCAGGAUUUUUUUUUUCAGGACAUAAAUAUAGAACUUCCUUUUCGAAGUUAGUUCCAAAGCCAAAGUCCAUGCAACAUUCUCACGAUAAGUUUCUAAUGUAAGUUAUUUUAGUGUACGUUUUUGUAGCCUCAAAAGCUUUCGUCAUGAGAAACAGUGGGGAAGUGAUGAUAAAAGCCUCACUUUCUACCCAAAAAAAUUGGCGUUUCUGUCUGCAGAAGCUGUUGUAAUGAACUCUUCCGUUUUCGAUACCAACGAAGAUCCAAAAAUGUUUUUGAUUGGACUUUUCUAUAGUUUAUUUGCUGCGGCAAUUAUUCCCCCUUACACGUUAGUAGUUUUGGUAAAAUCGUUCUUCUUGCCCUCGAUUUUUCUUUUAUUUCAGGCAAUAUUAACAAGUCAAGAACUGAAAUACCACACUGCCUACCGUAUGAUGAAUCUGGUGAACUUCUGCGACAUCGGCCAGGCAAUAUGUCAUGUCUUCUCCGGCUUCUUCUUGAUGUUCCCAGUUUUCAACUCUGAAGUCCAACCUUUCGUCCGAGUUCGUAUUAGAGAGUUGAACUUUUUAAUUAUCUUUUUUCAGGUUAUGGGAGCCACGGCCAAUUCCUUGUGGCUCACAAUGUUUCCAAUCUUGACUAUACUUGCCUUGAGUCGUAUUUCGAUAGUUUUGAGGAAAACUAAUUUUGAUCGCACUGGUGGCUUUGUCAAGGUUUGCGUUCUAUUGAAGAGGAAAAUAGGAGAUGUGCAUUUUUUUUCCCCAACAUAUUCAUGAAAUAGCCCUUAUGUUUAAGACAAGAAAAAAAUAAAUAUUUCUGAUUAUCUACUAUUCACAAGCAGUUUCCUCGUCUUAACGAGGCUCUUUUCAUGAAAAACUGAUCGAAAAAAACUAAAGCCGGAUCUGAACCGAGCAAACAAAAAUUUUUAUAUUCAUUUUUUUGUUAUGUAAAAAUUUGGCGAAGUGACCACAAAUGAAAGUUCUUUUUCAGGUUUCGCUAACAGUUGGAUUUUUUUGUAUAGCUUCGCAAUUUGGUGUUGGUGUUGCAUUGGGCAAAAUAUAGAAUUACAAGAGCCUGGUUGGGGUUACGAUCUGGAAAAGCCAGAUUCAGCAAUAUUGGCAAACUUGGAGCUGGUUUUAUGUUUUCCCACUCUGGCACUGAAUUACGUGUCAUAUAUCAUUAUUUUGAUCAAUAUUCACAUCGUGAGUUUUAAUAACCACAAGGAUCCAAGAAAACUAUUUCAGUACAAAAGGAACUUUGGAUCUUCUGUCAGUUCUUCAAGACUUGAGUUUGCCAUAUUCACACAGUCAACAAUCAUGACUGUCUACAUGACUACUUUGAUUUUUUUGUGGCAUCAUGGAGGUUUAAACACGAUCAGUCUCACAUCAUCUUAUAAUUUUUUCAGAUUGGUUUUUCGAAAUAACCGAAACAGUCGUCUUAGUGUUGAAUACGGCCUGGAUUGCGUUUCCUUACCUCAACCCAAUUCUGUUAAUGUCAUUAAAUAUGUGAGUGUUUCUCACUUUUUUUCCGCUAUAUCUCGUCUGAAAAAGCGAAUUAAAGGUCCAUACGCGAACAAGUCAUCUUCUUAGUUUUCCGCAAGUCUCUUCAGCAGCAGAUUUUUUUGUGCAAAGAUCUUUUGAACUCCGGCGACUCCCGUCAGAUCUUCAGUAUCUAUUCAAAAUAUUGAGUGAAUGAAAUCACGAGAAAAAUGAAAAAUUUUCAAAGCGAACUAUUUCUUCUCUUGUUUGAAUUUUUGUAAUUGUAACCUUCCUUUAUUUACGUUUUGUUAGUUUGCAAAUUUGAAACGCGAGUUGAUUUAUUUUUUUGAUCAUUAAGAAAGCAGCCAGUGCGAACUGAAUAAAAAAACUUUUCUCGAAAGCGAAACAUGAUCAGUCGAUUUCUUCCGAGAGUUUUUUUAUGGGGAUUAACAUUCUCUGAGUGGGGAAUAUGAUAUACAAUGAUUUUAAAAAAAUUAGAAUCUCAAAUCCCUGUGAACUCAAAACAUCUGAAUCUGAAACACGAAAUUCCACAAAAUUUGAAGAUAGGAACCAGGGAAACCAUCGAUUGUGUAGGUGGCAAAUAAAAAAUUCUUGCGGAAGGAGGUCGUCAAAUGAAUUUUUCAAACAUUUCGGGUAGCAUUUAAUAAAUGAUUAGCAAAGUGAGAAAAGUUUUAUCCUUACACUCUCAAAAAAAAGACUAUGAAAACUACAUUUAGUCAUGUGCGAUACUUAUACCAAAAAUUCCAUCUUCCGAGUUUUUCGAAGUUCAGUUGUCAGAGCAGUCUCAGAGCUGUUCCCAUUAACUAACGGCAAGUAGGCGGGUCUGCAAAAAAAAAAGAACGAAGAAGUUUUUCUCAGAAUAAGAAGGUGGAGCUCGAAAGGGGAGGAGCCUGGCUAGUAAGCUUUAAAAGGCGGAUCUGAACAAUCUGCUAGCAGUUUGUUGGAACAUUUGCUCGGGUCAUGCAGUUUUCAAAACUUCUCCUGUUGUUACUGGUCGCCAGCGUGCAGUCGGUGCAGGUCCGUCGCAGAAGACUCUGUGGCAGAAUGCUCGUUCGCGCUCUUGUUCAGGUUUGCAUACUUCAAUUUUUAUUUUUUAAGUCGAAAUGUUCCUUCAGGUUUGCGCACAAGAAAUAGAUAACACAAACUGCAUGAGUUCCGCGGACCCAGGUAAAUGUUCAUUUUCUUCUCUUAGAAUCAGAAUAAGUUUUGCAGUCGAAAGUUCCAUUCUGGAAGCUUGCUGCAUCAACCGAUGCAGUGACGAGGAAAUUGCUGCUUUCUGUUGCGUCCAAGGUAUCCCAUUGUAAUAAUCUGUCAUAAAAUGAAUUUCCAGAGAAAAAAAGCCCAGAAGAUGAGAAGAAAGGAGAAGAGCAGCAACCUGUCCGAGAAGCUACUGGCGAUGCAUCAGAACUUCCAGAAACGCAGGAGAAAAGAUGA